GCGAGCAGCGUUAGAUUAAAAUAACAUGUAAACACAAGUGCUCCAUAGUGUUGCUUAAUUUUUUUUUUUUAAUUGUUUCAAUAAAUAUACAAUAUGACAACUCAAUACGUUAAUCGUGUUCGUAUAAUAUAACACAUCUAAACUGCUGCCAUCCGUCACCAAUGAGUUACAUAAAUCGACUUUUCUACUUUACAAUUAUUGUUCUCAACUCGUAAGCCGAGAUCGUUGGCCUAUACAUUUUAAAUAAUAUGUUACCGAACUUCAGUCCGAUAGUACAAACCCUCCUAGGGACAUUAUUCACAUGGGGACUUACUGCUAUAGGCUCCAGCCUCAUACUAGUCUUCAGCGGAACACAAAGAAAGCUGCUCGACGGCAGCUUAGGGUUUUCAAGUGGUGUCAUGAUCGCCGCGUCGUAUUGGUCGUUGUUGGCACCCGCAAUUGAACUCGCCGGCCAGAAUAGUACUUACGGAGACAAUGGAGAGUUUGCAUUUGUUCCGGCUUUGGUCGGUUUCCUCUUUGGUGCUUUAUUCGUGUUCCUCUCGGAUGUUCUCAUAUCUUCGUACGAAAUGGACGUGCUCAACAUGCUUAUUCCUGAAGCCACGCCAUGCAUGGAGAAAAAGUUAAAAUGUGAAUAUGACUCAAACGAUUUUACAAACUGUAGUACUACGUAUAAGUCUUCAAUUAUAAUUGAAGGAGAAGCUCGACAGCGUAUUUGCAAAACAGACGAAACGUCACCAGAUUACACGCAAAUGGAAUGCGACGACAACACUGUGAAGAUGUGCAGCUGGAAACGAAUACUGCUAUUAGUGAUAGCCAUCACGGUGCACAAUAUCCCCGAAGGCCUAGCGGUCGGUAUAGCAUUUGGAGCCGUGAAUUCUUCGCCGUCAUCUACGUUUAACAGCGCCAGGAACCUUGCCAUGGGAAUCGGCAUACAAAACUUUCCGGAAGGGCUGGCCGUCAGUCUACCGCUGCAAGCUGCCGGAUGUUCCAAAUGGAAAAGCUUUUGGUACGGCCAGCUAAGCGGCAUGGUGGAACCCAUAGCCGGUAUGCUGGGCAUAUUGGCCGUGUCCACGGUCCAACCGUUGUUGCCUUACGCCCUGGCAUUCGCCGCGGGCGCUAUGAUCUACGUGGUCGUCAACGACAUCAUACCGGAGUCGAAUUCCAGCGGCAACGGGAAGCUGGCCAGUUGGUGUUGUAUCGUGGGUUUCGUUGUGAUGAUGUCAUUGGACGUGGGACUCGGUUGACUCGAUUAGGUAUUACCGUGUAAACUUUCCUUUGCAUUUUUUCCUACAGAGUUGACCCAAAUUUUGAAAUUUUAGUUUGUUUUUUUUUUUUUGUAAUAUUAAAUAUCACCCACCUAAAAUGAUUUAACUCAUGAUUUAUUUAUCGUACCAAGUGUAUUAUUAUUGACGAUAAUAAUUUAUGUAUGAAUACGUCGAUU